AUGGCUACCAACCAAGCCGUGGGCGCCGGACCAUCGGCCUCCACGGCGGCAACGUCGUCAGCAACCCCAGCUCCUCUAUAUGUGCCGCACACCUGGCGCGGCGUGCCCUAUGGAGCGCCGGCGCUGCAGGCGACAAAGCACCGGUUCCCUUGCAUUGGCGCAAGGUGCCGCUUUCAGAGGAUGUGCGGGGCGUGUUGGAACGCUGGCGCGCAGCUGUGGCAGAGGGAGGGGAGGCGGCGGCGGCUUCAGACGACGACGCAGAGCGAGGCAAAGAAGGGUGUGCUCUCGAUGUGGAUGUACGACCGCGCUGCCCAGCUCUACAAUGAGCAGAUCGUGGCCAAGUACGCCCACUCGACCGCCGCGCCGCCUGAUGGGCUGGCGUAUGCCAAGACGUCGGGCGAUAAGAUCAAGGCGGUUUGCGAGAGGUGCACCUCCACCGCCCGCGCGGCCUCGCGCGAGCAGGCGCGCCGCGGUGUCGUGCUCGCUCCGGCCGACCCGGACGGCGAGCAUGCGCGCGCGGUGGCCGGGCAAGAGCCGGCGGCGGCGGACGUGAAGCCGACGUCGCAGUCGCGGCGAGACUUUGAUUACAACUUUGCUGUGUCGCAGCGGGCGAUUAGGUAUACGCGGGAGCAAAUCGAGGACAGGGAGGUGACGAUCACGACGAGGGUUCAGCGCCGGCUGGCAAAAGCUGUGGGCGCAAAGCAGGCGCUCUCCAAGAGCUUCACCGCCGACAAGCAGCGCACGGCGAUCCUCGACAAGAUGGAUGAAAAGCAGCUGCUGGAGCUGGAGCUGGAGCCCGAACCAGUGCCGGUGCAGUCCAACGCCAACGCUGUGGCGACUAUCGGCAGCGGCGAGUAG